UCCGGAUCCUAUGCGAUCUUUUGCGACAGUCCAGAACACGAAGUUCAGGUUGUCACUCUGACUCUUGAAUAGAAGCUGAUGAAGGAAGACAAUCCAGGAUAAUGGCAGACCAAUACAAAAGCAAAGGAGCUGGAUCUCCAUAUGAGCACAAGACGAAACGAUCAUGGGAAGAGUCCUUCCAGGCUUUGGCUCGAUACCAUGAGAAAAAUGGUGACUGUGCGGUUCCAAUGGGCCACGAGAAGGACCCCGCGCUAGGUCAGUGGGUCCAUGCUCAACGUGUUCAUCAAGACUCUUUAACCCACUAUCAAAAGUUGCGACUGAUGAAGCUUGGUUUUGAUUUUAAAACACGUCAACAACACAAGGACAAACUAUGGAGAGCCCAAUACGAGCGGCUCAUAGUGUUCAAAUCAAUAUUUGGCCACACAAGAAUCCCUCAAAGGACCAAAUGUGAAGAGAUGAAACCUUGGGCAGAGGAACUGGGCACGUGGGUUACGUGUCAGCGUGGGAGGGCCAAGAAGAAUACGUUCCCUCCGUGGCAAAGAUCAAUGUUGGAUGAUAUAAGCUUUGAAUACAAACAAAGUCACCCCAAGCGCCACCCUACUAUGAAGAUGGACAAGAUGAAGAAGGGAGAUGACCUGGCUACUCCUGUGAAUUACAGGGGCGGCAAUCCAUAUGAGCGUGCUUGGUAUGAGAAGUACAAUCGUCUAGUCAAGUUCAAGAAUGAAAAUGGACACACUAUUGUACCCAUUCAAAACAAGAAAGACCAAGAACUUGGACGAUGGGUUAGUGCCCAAAGGGUUGCUUAUCAUAGAAACCAACUACUUCGGAAACGAACAAGGCUUCUUGACAAGAUAGGAUUCAUUUGGGAUGCUCAUGAGCGAAACUGGUAUGAGAAAUACAAUCGCCUAGUCAAGUUCAGGAAUGAAAAUGGACACACUAUGGUACCCACUCACCAGAAGAAAGACCGUGAACUUGGACACUGGGUUUCCACACAGAGAAACUGUUUCCAGCAAAACAAAAUGCCCCCAGAGCGAAAAAGGCUUCUUGACAACCUUGGGUUCACUUGGGAUGCAAGUCAGCUUCCAUGGAACCAGCAACUUAAAAGAGUUAUUCAAUUCAAGGCCGUACAUGGACAUCUUGAAAUUCCUCGUGGCUACGGCAAUACAGGUCUUGGGUAUGGGUUAUGCGAUCAGAAAGACAAGGCCCCAAAUGGUGAGCUUGCCACUAAACCUGCAGAGAAACUUCUUUCAAUUGGGGUUGAGCUGCGGGGAGGUUACAGUGCUUUGAAGAGGAGUUGUGGCCAUGUCAACCAAUGUUGCCUAGAAGGGAAAAGCCAGAGUUCUCCCAAUAGCCGUGAAGAGCUCUGGCAGGAAAACCUACAAAAGUUUGCGGCUUACAAAGCACAGCAUGGCUUUUUCCCUCCAAGGGUAGCAGGUGCCUAUGAUUCACUCAAUGGCUGGGGCCGAACCCAACAAACGAGAGAAAGGAAUGGAGUUUUGCCGCCGCAUCAGAGAGCUCAACUUGACUCAAUUGGAUUUUGGGACUGUAACUUGCAGAGUCAAAAGGUCAAGAAAAAAGCAAGCAGCGAUGACAAUCAUGACAGCAAUAUGGCAGAGGGAUGCAGGAAUAAUCAACGUCAGACCUUUGAACAGCAUGAACAGCAUGAACAGCAAAGUGAAGAUGAGGGUCCUUACUAUCCAGUCGGUGCGCGGUUUUACAAGCUAUUCGCUGGAAGUCGUGCCUUCCAGGGCGAAAUUAUGUCUUUUGAUGGUUCGCACUACACAGUAUGGUAUGAAGAUGGGGACGAGGAACAUCUGAAGCCCAAAGAUCUUGAGGAGGUCUAUUUCAUACUUUCAGAAGAUGGCGGGAGUAAUGGGGAAAGCGAUGACAAUGUGGAAAUUGACCAGAAGGCACAAUCAACGUAGAGAGUUGUCUGUGCUGCAAUACGGUAUGCUUGCUUGAAUUCUCACUUUUAGCUAGGAGAAACAAAUGCACUUCAAACUACUUUACCAAAUUGUGAUACACUGUGCACAUUCAACUGUAGCAGCGAAUCGAUCCUGUGGUCAUCACCUUCGCUGGGGUUGAUGCCUAGCUAGACAAAAUUCGAGGAGACCAGACUCAGUGAUGCCCCAACUGGAUGAUGCUGGAGUGCUGGACGAAUGAAGGGUGACAUUCACAUGCAACGUACGGUACUUUUCCGUGACUCAAGGUGGAUGAAGCAGAUGGGCUCUCGAGAGAGUCCAGCGACGAAAACAACACAAACGCCGUGCUUAGUCCAAUUCAGCGGGCGAGUCGAGUCAGAGUCCCUUCCGCUGCGUGGGUGUGAAGUCGAGGGUCUGGACAGACAGGUGGCUGCGCGGCAGACCCCGGCGCCAUUCCCAAUUCUAUCCUGUCUUGCCAGUGGUCUACUUACUCGUCUCCGGCACCUGCCGCGUUGAAAGUCAAGGGCCACGUCAAUCGUGCUACAAAUGACGAAACAACGAAGCGUUUGUGGACAACUAAUUCUUAGUCGUUUAGUUUUCGUAUUUUUAAAUAAAGAUACCUUGCGCAGUGACGGUCACUCCAAGGGGGGUGGAAAGUAGUGUUAUGAUUGCAUCCCAGCGGCUUAAAAAAAGACGCGGCUCGUACCGGUAUCCCACCGAAUGGUUCCAAUCCGCACGGUGACCAGGAGACGCGAGCAAUAGAUGCUGCAUAUUGAAGUCAAUCUCGUUGCUGCUAAGCAACAUUUGCCCUGCCGGCCGUACUGACGGUCUGAUGAAUGAAUGUGUUGUGGUUGUUGUUGUUAUUGUGUACGGUAGUCCUAGCAGGUCGUUGCCAGGGGCGCUGGCCUUGGACGGACAUUGCGCUGCGGGAUUGUGGGGCUGAUGGGCCGCUUGACGGGUAUCUUGGCCACUGGCUCUCGGGCCUUGAAGGGAAGGGGAUAGUUGUCGACGGGAGGAAUCGGGGUAAUCGAUGCCAAUCGGGCAGGAUCGUACAGCUCACAGUAGUCCCUUUGAGCUGUAAUGGCGGCAAUGGCUUUAGACCAGACACUGCAUUUUCGCGCAAUGUUGGAGAGUUGUUUGGGGUCCUUGUAGCGCUUUUGCGCUCUGAGGAUGGCGUGUAUUAUCAUGUACUUGCGCUUUUGCCGUUCCUGACAAAGUCUCAGUUCGAGACCUCGUGUGUUUUGUUCGUUCGACAAGCCCAGCCGAAUCUCCUCACAGAGAAGUCGUUCGCGUGCUUUGAAAGCCUCAAUAUCGGUAUCCUUGUGCCAUAGUUCAUCUUUCUUGUCGUCCGGCAGCAGUGCCAAGGACUCGAUGUGUACCUCCGUUCGUGUGCUUCGAAAAGUUACCCUCUUUUGUUCUGACAGCGGAUGUAUGGAGGGCAGCACCAUAUGCAUAGCAGCCAUGCGAGACGGAGGGCUGGGGCUGGGAGAUCGACUGGGCGGAUCCAGCACCAGUUGCAGAAUGUCAGAGACCGGACUGCACAUUAUUUUUUCUGGGAGAAUGAUG